CGCGUUGGGGCGGGGCUCCUGCCUCCCAGGCUCCUGAUCCUACUAAGCAGGCCUCGGGCGCCCGCGCCGAGCGCGGGAUCCGACUCGGGGAGGGAUGGAGGCGGGCGGAUUGGCCGAUUCGCUCCUUUCCGGAGCUUGCGUGCUCUUCACCCUCGGCAUGUUCUCCACCGGCCUCUCGGACCUCAAGCACAUGCGGAUGACACGGAGCGUGGACAGUGUCCAGUUCCUGCCAUUUCUCACCACGGAUGUCAACAACCUGAGCUGGCUGAGUUAUGGGGCCUUGAAGGGAAAUGGGACGCUAAUCGUCGUCAAUGCCGUGGGUGCUGUGCUUCAGACUCUGUAUAUCUUGGUGUAUCUGCACUACUGCCAUCGGAAGCGUGCCGUGCUCCUUCAGACUGCAAUCCUGCUGGGGGUCCUUCUCCUGGGUUUUGGCUACUUCUGGCUCCUGGUGCCUGAUCUUGAGACCCGGCUUCAGCAGCUGGGCCUCUUCUGCAGUGUCUUCACGAUCAGUAUGUACCUCUCACCACUGGCUGACUUGGCCAAGGUUAUUCAGAGUAAAUCAACCCAACGUCUCUCCUUUUCACUCACCAUUGCCACCCUCCUCUCUUCUGCCUCCUGGACCCUCUAUGGGUUUCGACUAAAUGAUCCCUACAUCGUGGUGCCCAACCUUCCAGGAAUCCUCACCAGCUUCAUUCGCCUCUGGCUUUUCUGGAAGUACUCUCAAGAGCAAGACAGGAACUGUCAGUUUCUACAAGCCUGAGGGAGUUCACCUGACCUCUGGGAACCUGAAUACCAACCUGUUACCAAAGAAACUUUAUUUCAGCUGUUCCUACUGACCAGCUCUACGGGGUGCAGUGGGUUUUAGUAAAGGAAAAGAGACAGUGUUGAGAAUCCAGGGACUAAAGAAAGAGCUUUACUUAGAAGAUUGGAUGGAACCCGGGAAAUGAAUUGCUUUUAUUUUUUUCAAUAUUUUAUUUUUUAAUUUUGGAGGUGGAGGUGAAAUCUUUAGAAUGUGCCUUAAAAUAAACUGUUUCCUACCCCU